UACGGGCAAGCUGCGAAGAAGUUCCAUCCGCUACAGAGAAGCAAACAAUCAUGGUGCAAGAAGUACAAGAAAAGCGAAAAAAAUAAAAUUGUGUAUUUCAUAAGUGCAGUUUCGGGCAUUUGACAUUUUUCACUUUAAACAAUGGCGCAACCAACUCAUCAAUGGACUCACCAUGACACAGAGACGCUGAUCAGGUGGCGCAUGGCCCAUGACCACUUAUUCUCUGGCUCUAGGAACACAUGCAGAAAUGGCUGGCAGCAGUUCAUACACGACACAAUAUUAGACCUGGAUGGACCUAUUACUGCUCUCAGAGCAAAAAAGAAGUGGGAAAAUUUAAAAUGCAAAUACAAGGAUUUAAAAUCUAUGGAGAAGGAUGUUGCAACGGCGAAACCUGAAUCCUGGCGAUGGUACAGACUUAUGGGAAAGGCUGUAGAUGGGGAUUCCACUGAUAUUGACCCUCCUGAACCAACCUUACUGUCUGACUUAGCCGAUGAGUCUGAAUGUGUAGCUCAGCCCAGCAAGAAGAUGUAUCAGGUCGAAAUGGGGAGUGAUAUUCUAGAAUUAUUGACACAUUCAGUAAUCCAGGUCAACUCUCAAACAGUGGCGGAUGGAGGAACUUCGUCAGAGACGUCUGAACGAGAGAGAGGUAGGCAGACUGAAAAGAGCCCCUCCAAGAAUCAUAAUGAGCUUGACAUUGAAAGAGCAAAGAUUAGAAGAGAGAGAAAGCUUCUGGAGAAAGAGCAUGCAGAACUGGACAGAGAGAGAGUGCUUUUGGAGCGAGAGAGAGCCAUCGCAGCGAGGGAGAAAACAGCAUUGGAGAGAGACAGAAAGCAGCUGGAAAAGGACAGAGCUGCAAUCAACAGAGAGCGAGCAUCACUGGAACAGGACAGAGCGAGACUGGAGCGGGACAGAGCGGCCCUGGAAAGAGACAGAGAGACAUUCACUGCCAUGACUCUUGGGACAAAUGGCAUAGGACACGUUGAAAUGGACUCUCCUUAUGUUGAGGACAGGAAAAGACUAAUAUUUUUGUUUGAACAAUUAAUUGAGAGAUUUUGAGAAUUCAUAUACACAGAAAAAUGUCAGUGUUGUUGGUUCUGAGAAUGAAAGACUUUAUGUGGCAAGUGAAAUCCAUUCUAUGAGUCACGUAUGUGCGUUCAACAAAUGUGAUCAGUUUUGGAGUGUUAAAUACAAAAAUGAUACAUAACAAUGUUCAAAUAUAUCUCUAGAACACAAAAAGACAACCCAAGGAUCAUUUUGAUUUUCCUUCAGAAUGUACCUUAUUUACAGUAGCGCCAUCUUUAAUGUUUUGACAAUUAGGCUGAGGAAUAGACUUAAAUCUCUGGGAUACUUCGUAUUUUCUGUGUUCUGGGUUGUCUCGGACAUGGGCAAGUGCUCAGCCUUUCAAAUAUACUUUUUUGACAGAGAGUGUAUAAGAAAGCGUUCAACGCAUGCACACUAUGACUGCUUUAUGAUACUCUUUUAGUACAGUCGACGGCAGAUGCAUGUGCCGACGAUGCGCCCAGACGGUGACUGUCAAGAAAAUCAAAACUGCACGCGGACAGCCCGCUCAGACUGUGCUGAUGAUGAAAUUUGUGUCACACAUACUGUAUCUUUGACCUUUAAAGUGACGUCUGUGCAGACUGUCCAAGCGUGGACCAGAUUUUCCUUGUCUGUGCGCAUCAUUGGCGCAUUCACCUGCCGUUGACUAUUAAACGAGUAUCUCAAUGCAGUCGUAGUGCACAUGCGUCAAAAACAUUAGUAUUUACUCGCGAUCAAAAGAGUAGACUUUGAAAGGCUGAGCGCACGCCGUGAGCGAGGCGAUCAAUAAUGUGUACAACCGAAGUAUACUUUGGCCUUUUAAUGUUAUUUAAAUGGUUUUGAAUCGUUCUGCUGAUGAAACAUUGAAACACCCCCCACCUUUCCAAGAAAUUUAAGUUGAUGAAAAACUCAAACAUGAGUUGUGGAAAAUAACGUGAUCUAGGAGCUUUUUUUCAGUGGAUGCCAUUGAAGUGAUUGCAAGUAUAUCCCUCACAGCCUCGUUUUCAUUCACAUCAAAAAUCAAAUGUGGCGCUACUGUGAAAAAGGUCUACCUAUCAUAAAACCUGGAGAUUUAAAAUCUAUAAAAUAAACAAAAACUAAACAUAAAUUGAUGGAAAGACAGUCCUUUCAUUUUUUGUCAUUUAGUUUACCCAAAGUCCCUUUUCGUAUUAGAAAUGAGAGCCUUUAGCAAUUGCUUCACCCGACCAGUAGAGGGACACCAUUCGCCCAUCUAUCAGAAACGGAGAAGCUGUGAAGUUCCACCAUCCACUACAGAGAACCAAACUUUUGUUGAAAGUCAACAUUUUUUAAUUGUGUAUCUCUCAAGUGCAGUUUUGGACAUCUAUGACUUUAAACAAUGGCGCAACCAACACAUCAGUGUGAAUGUAAUGCUAUAAACCCGAAAUGUGCAUGCAUGCAAAACUGUUGCAUGUUUCUGUAACUUCUUUAUGGCAGUACGAAGUUUAUACCCAAUUCAGUUUACUUUGAAAUCUUAUUUAAAGCACUAAGUAAGUGCUGAAGCUUUAGGGUUAUAAGGAUUUCUCACUAUUCAUACAGGCUGACGUUAGUUGUCAGUGCUAAUGUUCUGGUUUGGAGUGUAGUGGUUUGUUUUGCACAUGCAUGAAUAAUCACGUUACAGGACAAUUAAUCCUACUGUACAUCAACAUUUGGCUGUUUGUUUUCAUUGCCAUUUUGUUUUCAGGGUCUCACAAAGACACAGAGAUGCUGAUCAGGUGGCGCAUGGCCCAUCACUGUUUAUUCUCUGGCAGGAGGAACACAUGCAGAAAUGGCUAGCAGUAUCUGCUGAUUCAUUUGUCAUCAAUAAUAGCGGAUGUGCUUAAUAUCUGCAUUUGUUUGUGUAUAAUUAUUGAUGUUACUGACCGGCAAUAAAGUACAUAUGUUAAUCUA